UCCCCCCACUCCGUGAUACAGUGUUUGUUUUCUCUCUAGUUGUUGUUUACCCGUUUGUGUUUGCCCGAGUUUGAGCUCCGGUGCCCUUUUCGUUGACAGAUGUUCACAGCUGCUGCCGCAUCAUGAGCCUCUGACUCACCGUCACAUGCUGCCGGGUGCAAGACGUCCACAAAUUCAGUGUUUUGUUUUUGUCUGACGCGCAAACAGGAACGCAUUGCUGGUGAUGGGAACUCUGUGGGACUCUCUGUUGCAAGAAAUAUUUUCCCUGAAACGCUCAGCUGCUGGUGGCACAGACGAAAAGGACACAGGAGAUGAAAUUGGUUUUAAGUUACAUUUUUUCAGAACAUUAAUGUUUGUGCUUCAAACAAAAAAGUUGUUCUGCUUCAUCUCUUUUGAUUACAAUACACCUCCGCACCUAUUGUGGUUGGUGAUGUGUAGCUUACACCAUUUUACAAUUUGUUUUGCACCUGUCUCUUUGCUCCAAACAAUGUAGUUGUAGAUCAUUCAUAUGGACCUACAGCCUCAUGUUUGUUUCAGACUCUGGACAGGACUAUCUGUUCCCCGGAUGAUCUCUGAAGUUCUUUAUCUGCUAAGAAUUGUGAGCCAAACCUGUUAUCAACGUGUGCAAGGAUCUUGAUUUUUACGCACGGCUGCCAACCUUUGACAAUUUACGCAGCUCAAACGUUGAUGAUGGGAGUAAAGGGCAGCGCUAACGAUUGUGAGGAGUCCAGGACCCGGGGUUCCUGCAGCAGUCAGGGCCAGACACGGACCCGUAAAUAACUGCGCGGCGACAGCAUGACCUCUUGGCCCAACAUCUCGGAGUUCCUCUCCCAUAACUGCUGCUGGGAGGAGACCUUCAACGCCACAAGCAACGCUGACCAGCCUCCUCUCAAUUAUUACUCUAUUCCCCUGCUCACGGCCAUCACCAUCGCCUGCACGCUUCUCUUUCUGGUCGGGGUGACAGGGAAUGUCAUGACAAUUUUGGUGGUCAGUAAGUACCGGGAUAUGCGGACCACCACCAACCUAUACCUGUGUAGCAUGGCCGUGUCAGACCUGCUCAUCUUCUUCUGCAUGCCACUGGACCUCUACCGUAUGUGGAGGUACAGGCCCUGGCGCUUUGGGGCCGCACUCUGCAAGCUCUUUCAGUUUGUGUCAGAGUCAUGCACUUACUCCACCAUCCUGAGCAUCACUGCUCUGUCAGUGGAGCGCUACCUGGCGAUCUGCUUCCCGCUACGCGCAAAGGCCAUGGUUACCAAGAGGCGAGUGCGUGCCCUCAUUCUUUUUCUCUGGACAGUGUCUCUAAUGAGUGCAGGGCCCGUUUUUGUCAUGGUGGGAGUGGAGCGUGACAGAAUGUGGCCAAAUUUCAGCGCUGGAAUGAAUGAGACUGGCUUCCUCCUGGAUCCCGGGGACACCAGGGAGUGUAAGAUUACGCACUUCGCAGUGGAGUCAGGCCUGAUGGGAGCCAUGGUGUGGCUGAGCUCUGUUUUCUUUUUCAUGCCGGUCUUCUGUCUGACAGUGCUCUACAGCCUCAUCGGUCGUCGGCUGUGGCAGAGACAUAGAGAGACAAACGUCAGCUCCCGUGUGGCACACCGGGACAAAAGCAACAGGCAGACCAUCAAGAUGCUGGUGGUGGUGGUGCUUGCCUUUGUACUGUGCUGGUUGCCGUUCCAUGUGGGUCGCUACCUGCAGUUUCGCUCCCUCGACGCACCGUCCCCGCUGCUGUCUCGGUUGUCCGAGUACUGCAGCCUGGUGUCAGUGGUUCUCUUCUACCUGAGCGCCGCCAUCAACCCCAUCCUCUACAACACCAUGUCCUGGAAAUACCGGUGCGCAGCGGCACGUCUCUUCGGCCUGACUGACAGCCUGCCGCCAAGAGGCCGCACAGCCAGCACGGUGAAGGGAGACGGCUUGAACGGCUGGACGGAAUCCACAGUCAGCUUCUAAACGCCCUCAAAUAAUUAGAAAAACGGUCAGCCAUGCGUUGAUAACACUGACUUAAAGCCAUUAUUCCUGUCAGAAGAGAGCGAGGCACUUGACUUGUACUUAAAGAAAGAGUUAGCCACUAAAACCUCCAAGCCUCUAUCCACAUUUUCAACCUGCAUUAAUAGAACUUCGAUAUUUUUCAAACCGUUUAUUUUCUUGUUGGAUUGUUUCAGCAAGUGCCCUGAAGUAUUCGUCAACACAAACAGCAGCAUUUCUUAAGGUCGACUGGUGGAUUGCAAAAUACACACCAGCCCAAAGUGCUUUUAUUGAUCCAAAUGUGAACAUCAUAGGGGCGUUCAUGCCCGUCUACGUGCACAGAAAUAAAUAUACUAGACAUUUACAAUUGCCUUAUAUUGUAUUCAUACUCUGGAUGACAAGAAAAGCACUGUAGAACUUGUGGCACUGCUCUGUACUCCUUCAGAAAGGGGCAGAAGUGCAGUGUGUGUGUGUGUGUGUGUGCCUGUGUGUGUUUGAGAGAAAUAGAGAGUAUAUCAGAGUGUGUGUGUGCAUUGUGUGCCAGGUGUCAUGAUGAAAGUGUUUUUCUGUGAUUUGUGAGGGUGUGAAUAUGUAAAAAUACUGUCACUGUUAUUAAUGUACAUGCUGAACGCCCUGUAUCUUGGAAAUUCAAGUCCAUGCUUUGUUGAUGCUGCCAAAAAGGGCCAAUCAAGAGUGAAGUCUGGUUCAUGGAAGCCACAUUGCAAGUUGAUUUUAGGAUUGUUAGAUAAUAUAUACAAUGCAAACAUUUUCAAGACAUUGUUACAUCAUAACUUUUUGUAAUGAUACUCAUUCAAGCUGCAGGCUCUUGCUCUUUUUGAGAAAUCAUCUGGAAAAAAAGACACUUUACAUGCAAUUAUCACUAAGUUCAAAACAUUAAAAAAAAAAGUACAAGUUUGGUUCACAAGACAAAGGAAGUUGAUUGGUGAUUCUUGUGGUCUGCUCAGCUUUCUAAGACUUGGGACUGUGCACCAUUGACUGUUUUUGUGUUCGGCCACCAGGUGUGCUGAACCAACAUGGCUUUUCCUGCUGUGUGGACAAUGUGCUAACCUGUGCACCCAAUCAUAAAAGACAUGAAGCAGAUUGGUCAUUCAGUCAUUUGUUUAAAAAAGAAUAUUGGUAUUUGAUGUUAGCAAUGUUCAUGGUCAAAUGAUCAAAACUAUCUGAAGGGAACUUCAUUUUCUACCAUCAAUACCUACCUAAAAGUGCAAGAGCAAACCUGGGGUAUCAGUUGCAGUGUUUAUUAUCUUUGGCAUGAAUUGUUCCCAAAAACUGUUCAGUGUACACAUACAGGGUGACUUCUUCAGUGGUUAAAUCAACACUAUAUUGUCUUGUCUUGUUUAUCGAUUUACCAAAUGUUUGAUUUUAAAAAAUGCUUUGAAGGAAGGAUUGCAUGGGUGCUCAGUGGUAAGUUUUUAUGGGCGACUUAACAGUGCAUGAUGGUUUGUGAACUGAAACAGAAACAUGUUAACGUGCCAAAUGUGGAAACCUAUACAACACUACAAAAAAAAAAAAAAGUAUUUGAAAGUAUUCAACAGAUCGAAAAGUAAAAGUGAUCUUAUUUUGUAAAGUCUAUAAGUGAUGAUGUGCUUGUAAAUAGAUGCUCUGUAAUGCUAUACACUCGAUGCUCAGAUGGUUCCAGCAGUCCAAAUCACCGCAGCAGCCUCCACUAAUCUGCACUGGAUUUCAAAACAUGGCCUCCUUUCUCUGAAGAAUGUAUCUGUUCAUAAGUGUACAUACAUACUGAUGUCAUGACAUAAUAUUUAUUCACCUUUAUGUUUGUUAAAAGAGUAAAAUCAGCUCGUAGAUUACUUUUAAAAAAUACACCUGUGAAUAUCUCCUGCCAAUG